CAUUAUGUUGCAUUCUUGGCUGACAAUAGUUUGUAUCGUGAUAAGUUGGUAUGGACUACGACAGGAUGGGUCUUGUUGCUCGACAACCUUUGAGGCCAGCUGAUAUCUGCAGGGUUCUCGAGGUGUCACGUGCAGGAAGUCAACAGUCUCCGUACCUCCAGAUGCGUUGCGGGUGACUGGUGGAUGUUUUGACGCUUUCUUGGUCGCUACAGAGCAGAGAAUUGCGCUUAAUUGUUUUCUUUCAGCGUCCAACAGUCUUCAUUGCGAAUAGUUUUUUUUUUUUUUUACAACAAACAAUGCGCGGAAAUUGCGACGACAGAGUAAAUGAGUUGGAAGAUACUGUGAAAAGCCGUAACAGUGGAUCAUCCUUUAUAGACAUCUUGGACAGCACAAAUAUUGAGAUCAGGGACCAAAGUUCUCUCCAGGAAGACCAUGGUUGCUCAACAGCUAGCCUGUUGCUCAAAUGUAAACGUCAAGUUAUUUAUCCUUAUUUCUGUAUUCUGUGCUUGGUGGCCUGGCGACCAUUUGGCUCCCAGUCAAUGUCUUAUCGUCAGAGAUGUUCCCUCUGGAAAGUGGUCAACAUUAUCUACACAGUUUUGUUUUUCUGUCUGAUCAUAUUUACUUAUGCCUCACAUCUUAUAUCUUGCAACCGUGGAAUAGAUACCCAUAACCCUAAGACCUCCAUUGCUCCACACAGAAUGAAUACGAAUCUUGUUGUUCAAACUGGUGCUAGCUCUCUAACAAAAGGGCAGAACAUAAGCUCUUCAAUUGUUCCUCCAGCAACAACGUCAGGUGUUUGGAAGCCAGCUGCUUUCAAACAUUGUAAACAUUUACUAACAGAAUACGUGGUGCCAGAACUUCUCCACUUCAUGGCAGUUUUGACUGGGAUUUACCUGUUUAGGAUUCAGGACAACGAAGAUCUCAAUGCCUUGGUAGAAAAGGUUUUCUUGCUUAGUUCCAUUCCUAAGAAGAUUGUUUCAAGGUUAAGAUUUUUUUUCUUGAGCUUGGUGAUGUUGGCAAUUGCUGAAAGUGCCAUUCAAAUCCUGUAUUUACAUGUUGUUGAUUUAGCUUCAGUGACAGGAUUCAAAGACGAUUCAAGGAGUCAGUGGACAGUGGUUUCAUUCAUGAUACUUGGUGUUUUUGUGGAGGCCUUUGUUACCGCAGUGACCCUUAUGAGUUUCUGUGCUCAGUGUGAAUUGUUGACAUUUUAUCUCUACGACAUAUGCCAGACAAUGGAGGAAAAAACCAAAGAUCUCUCAGCUUUAAUGAAAGAUGUAAUGGAUGCAAAGAAAACCCUCUCCAAGAUGAAUGGAAAAAUAUCUAUAAUUGCAAGUCUAAUUGUGCUCUGCUACCUUAAAAUAACUGUGGCAGAGGUGAUCAACAUGAUGACAAGCAUCAACAUGAUGACAAGCAUCAAGCACGACCCAAAAAAAGCACUUGCAUUGCUUCACAAAUUGUUGGCACCACUUUUGUCCUUCUCUUUUGUAAUGAUUCCCUUUAUAGUGGCUGCUCGCUUCAAUGCAGUUGCACAGAAUUUUAAACAGAAGAGCCUGAAUGUCAGAGUGUUUGGAUAUCCUUCUGCCACACAACUGGAUCAGGACUCUUUCAUUUUGUUCACUCAAGGUGUAGAAAUGAAGGCCAAACUGAUGUUGAUGCCAAUUCAUGGCUCAUACGUGUCUGCUACUAUGAUCGUGAUCAUGUUUGGUCUCCUGAUAAUGAUCCAAUCAGAUGUCAUACCUACAAAUACUAAAUACCUUUGAGAAGGGGACAUAUGUUCAAUUACUUUCUGCCAACCGAAAAGACAUCCUGGGUAGUAAAUGGGAACAAUGAAAUACUUACAGUCUUAAAAGAGAAUGGAAAUUGAGGAGGCAAUGUGAAAUGGUUGAAUAUCGUUCCCAUAGGCUAGAAUUACUUUCUUUUAAUUUUUUUUUUUUCAUAAACUGAGGUGAAAGUUUAAAAUAUGAUUUGCUGUUACAGAAUAAUUAAGUAUUACACACUUCUUUUUAUACUGAAAUAUCCUCAUGUCUUCUACUUUUCUCGAAGCAAUUAUUUUUGUUGAUAGAAUUAUGGAACAUUUUCCCUAGUGUGCAGGCAGGAGAGACCAUUUGAUUUGACUGGAUGAAAUAGGGCAAACCUGAAUUUUAAUAGAAAAGUCAUAGAAUACUAAAUAAUAUCUUUCAUUGAAAUAGACAUGAAGGAUGAGUAGGUGGUCAUGUAAUCUCUACCCCAGGGUCAUUUUGGUUCCUUGUCAGCAAUAUGAUCACCAAAGAAUGACAUUAUUUGGCACCCAUACCACUGACAAGGAGCUUACAUGACGCUAGGCUUGAGGUUGGUGGUCACCCAAGGGUCCAUUAUUAUUGAGUAUCAACUUAACUUAUUGUAUAGCUGUUAGUUCAAUUGAAAUUGUCAGCAUAGCUAUAAUUCUCUAAUUUUUUAAAACUAUCCAAACUAAUCUUUAGUUGGGAAAUUCUAAAAAAUUAAAGAAUAAUAGCAAUGCCCAAUUACAACAUGCUUGUCCAAUUUUGGAAAUAAAACUGGAUUAAAAAAUUUCUUCUUACAGCCAAUUGGCCUCGUCCAAUUUUGGCUGUCCUCAGAAUUUUUUCAUUCAAUUAACUUAAUCGCAAAAUAAAUGUAAAUGGUCUGUAAAUAAAUUUGAAUCAAAGUAGACAAAUAAAAUGAUGUUGCUGUAUA